CCUGUCUCAGGUUUCAGUCAUCAUCAGCUUCCUGCUGCUACGUGAUCAGUUACUGGGGCACAAAUAAAUUGCACUAGAGUUUCCUUUUGUUGUCUACCUUCACCACCUUCCUUUGCUGCAGUCUUUUCUGAUCCCCCUUUUUUAACAUAAAGAGCAUCUGGUCUUCUUUCAGACCAUUCCUUCAUCACCCUUCGUCUGACAUGAAGCAGUUAUUCUAUGUGGCCAUUCUUUCCUCUGCACUCUGUCUUUGCUGCGCAGGGAGCUGCAGGCAACUGGAGACUUGUGUGCACUGCACUACAUCCACAUUAAAUACCUCCUGCGAGUGGAUUACCUGUCGUAAUUCAGCUAACAGUAGCUGUGUUCAUCAUGGAACAGAACUUGGGGAGUCUUGCUUUGCUACUAACACCAGCAGCAUGUGUGCAGUCCCUAAAACAGGCUCAGUGGAAAAGUCUGAGGGGGAAACAUUACAUACUAAACAUGUGGAACACACUGAGACUGAAGAUACUGCACAAAAUGAAGAAGACUCAGCCCAGCCAGAACAACACAGUGAACACAACAGGCUUACCCAGGAACAAUCAGAUGACGCUCCCUCAGCAGAUUCCUCUCAUACUGUCUUCCAUGUUGGGAGUUUCAUUGGAGGCGGUGUCUUAGUCAUCAUAUUACAGGCUAUUGGAUUCAUUGUUGUGAAACGCCUGCGAGGAACUCAAAGCGACUACCAGGCUAUGGAGGAGACACCUCAGUAAAAACCAACACGCGAGGAAUUUCUGAUAACCCACAUUAAUGUGUAUUUUGUGAGAAAGAGAUGAAAAAAAGGCAUCAAUCUACUAAAUUUAUAUGUAAUCACAAAUAUAUAGGUAUACAGAUAUAUAUAUAUAUACCUCUCCCUCAUCACAUGUUUUCUAUUUACAAAUCAGAAAAAUAUGCCUAGGAUUACUUCUCUAAACUUACAUAUUGCCCUGGUGAUUUGUCUGUUUUUAGUGUACUUUGAAAAUUAUUUUGUCACUUUGAAUACUUUCUUGAAGGAAUCUAUUUCCCAGUACUAGUGACUGGCAAAAAAAGAGAAGUGCUUUCUUGCCUUAUGGCACUGCCUGUCUUUGACUACAAAAGAAAUCUGCCCAACACUAUACAUAGUGCAGCCACUAUAUGAAAAAAGCACAUCACUAUUAAAGUUUGUUUACAUAAUGAAAUGGCAUUAUAAUAAAAGGGUGUUCUUAUGUGUUGAUAGUAAAACUUUUAAGCUUUUAAUUGCCUGGCAGCCAUCUUGAACAAAGUACCACAUGUUGUUGACUAUUCAUGUGUGUUUAAAAAGAGAGCACCCAUUCAGCCUCUUAAUAAAAUGUUUGUUGUGCUUUCCUGAUAA